AUGCGGCGUAAUAUCAUGGCUCAACCACGACGACGCCAUCAACAACCACUACCACUCAUUAACAACUACAACAACUCCAACAACCAUGUCGACUUCAACAACAACCACGACCACGCCAUCAACAACCACUACCACUCAAUUAACAACUACAACAACUCCAACAACCACGUCGACUUCAACAACGCUUAUGACUACUCCUUUGAUAACUACGACGACGCCAUCAACAUCCACUACCACUCCAUUAACAACCACAACAAAUCCAACAACCACGUCGACUUCAACAACCACGACCACGCCAUCAACAACCACUACCACUCCAUUAACAACCACAAGUCCAACAACCACGUCGACUUCCCAACAACCACGACCACGCCGUCAACAACUACGACCACGCCAACAACUACGACGACACUGUCAACAACCACAACCACGACAUCGGCACCUGCCACUACCUCAGGUGUAACAGCGAUGUCUGCAAGUGUGUCACGUGACGCUGCCAGCCCUACACCAGCGCCCGGACUCGCGGACAGUCAGUCUGUGAAUGAAGGACUACCUCCAGGAGUCAACCAAGCCGUUCUGAUUGGAGUAGCCAUUGGUAUCUUCUUCGUUCUUCUGUAUCUCUAUAUCGUCAUACCCCUGGUAGUCCUAGUCAGAAGAAGAAAAAAGAAAACUAAGGCGAAAGGAAGAAAGAGUGCUGACCUUGAGAAUCAGGACCCGGAUGUUGGAGGAACUCAGUCUCUUCAGUUCAGCAAGUCUCGGAAACUUGCGACUCACCACGUUGCCAUGGGCAAACAAAACAUUCUCUCCCUUAGAUUUCGAGAAGUCGCAGGAAGCACCCCACAACAACCGAACACCCGAGACAAGACGACAGGAAGACAGACGGAGGAAGACACCAGGUCUUGUCAACGGAUCCCCCAACAACCAUCUGCACACCACCACUGUGUGGAGGAACAAUGCUCUGUGACAACAACUAUCCACCUCCUCCUUGUUAUUCUCAUUUCAUCGCCACCUCCUCUCUUGAUGUUUGCUUGGAACAAACUCUUUGUCCUGACAUUGGCGACAUCCUCACCAUCACUUCUCUCAAGACAAAACUUUAUUUAUCUCAACCAUUGUGGUUGUGAGGUUCUUGGACUGUGCUCAAUGAUGUGGUGAGGUUCAUAAGCUGUGAGGUGGAGGCUGAGGUUUACUAGCAGUCACCUUUGUAAAGUGAGUGAGUGAGUGCACUUUGCAUUGAUUGUUGUUCACUUGUUGAUUGUAGAAUGAUUUCUACACGUGCAAUCUUUGAACUGUUUGCAGUCUUACCAAAGCUUUUUAUGUCUGUGCAAUCCUUUCUUCAUAAAAGCUUCGGGUUUUUUUUAAUUAACGGGUUGUGGCUUUAUGUUGGUAUUGAGUGCCACUCUGUACGAGUUGCACAUCGCUCACUGCACAUUGCAAUAUAUGUUUAUAUAUCACAAGCUAACACACCAAAGCACCAUUGCAAACAUUGCUCUACUGAAAUAGUUUGAUCAUCUCUGAUUGACCAUCUAUCAUGUCUAUAACAGCAACUGAAUGUCCUGUACUUGCAUGCUAUGUGCAUUAUGGUAUAUCAUACAAUGUAAGUACAUUAUAAUGUAGUGUGUACUGAUUGUACCAGAUAGCUACCAUAAGAAGCUGUUCUUAACAUAUGGAGAGAGAGAUAGGGUCUCUUUCACAUUACAUCAGUCUAGGAUGAUUCAGAAACUGGAAAAGUCACUUUAGUCGGAAAAAAUUAUUCUUUGUGCUCAACCAGCUGUUAUUUCUUCUGUACUCCAAACAGCGACAGAACAUAAGUAAAGUAGUGAUGGCAGUUACUCCUUAAUUUACUUUUUGAUUGUUUUAAGUAUCAAAGUACUUGAUGUUUGAGGAAAUGCUUGUCCAGCUGUAUUUGAAGUAUAUAUAUAUAUUAUGGCCUAUAUAGAUAAAUAUUACCUAUAUACAUAUACACUGUGUGUAUAUAUAUACUAUAAAUAUAUAUAUGUGAUUAGCAAUAUGAAUAUCUGUAUAACUAUUUUACUUCUGUCCACUAAGUGCAAACAUACUGUUUACAAAUAGUAUUUUAAGUGACAAUGUGUUCCUUGGUGAAUUCUAUAUAGGUAAGUAGCUUUAAUAACCAUGUGAUGUAAACACAGUUCACACAGAACAAAGUGUAAAAUACUUGAUGCAUAAUAUUCUUGAUUGUUGAUCAGACAUGUUGAUAUUCUACUGCGCUGUAGUAAACAUACUCUGUUUGCUCACUUAAAUUAGAACUACAUGUACCUGGAUUGACAUAUGGGUGACCUACAGGCUUGACUUUUUGUUGUCUCUGUUCUCAAUGGUUCAGUUAGCUCAUAAAAAGAUUUAAAGACGAUUAUUCUCACAGCCUUGCUAACAGUUUGGUUGUUAGACCCAACACCACAAACCUUCUUGAAUCCUGAGAUGUUUGGCUGUCAUCACAAAUAUUGUUAAUGUCCGCUUGUCAGCAGGUGUUUCUUCAUCUUUGUUUAAAACACUCCUCCUCCUACCCUCCUACUCCUACUACUACACACUCUCCCAACUCUCUUGUCUGUAUGUUAGUUUUUUUUUUGGCUUGAUUACUGCAACCCCUUACUCGCAGGCUGCCCUGUAUACCUUCUUCGCAAACUCCAGAAAGUACAGAAGUCUGCUGUAGUCUGGUGCCUAGAGCAGGACACGUGACCACACCACCCGUCUCCUAUGCUGGCUUCCCACCCGUUGUGGCCUCCAGUACAAACUGUCCGUGCUGUGGCUUCAUUUCUUUGCUGGCACCUGCCCUGAUUAUUUCUCUCAACUGUUCUUCCCUACAUCUCAGCUAGACGACCCGCUCGUCAUGUCAUGACCGUACUCUCUCUCUCACCGGAGGUUUAGUUACAAAACAGUGGAGUCUCUCACUUCAUGCCCACCAUUGAAUCCUUGAAACCUGCUGUAACAACACAUUGUUCCACGAGCAUUAUUCAUAACAACAGACCAGAUAAUAACAGUCCGUCUUCUAGCUUUUUCUUUCACUUUUUACGUGACAGGUGUGUCUGCCCGUCUUCGUCUGCAGAUUCAUGAACCUCUCAGUCCUUCAUGUUUGUCACGAUUUCUCUGUGGAUAUUCUAUAUAAAUAUUUUAUUACACCUGCCUUUGUGUAUGCUUCCGCCUUUAGUAUACAGUCCAUGUGUCGUUCCUGUCUCAAGCACCGAGAGUAUGCUCCUCCAUGGAGCGAGCAUGUGUACAUCACGUGUGUGUUGUUGUUGUUAUUGUUAUUCAGUGAGAGAAAUAACAUCACCUGCAGUGUCUAGCCGAUGAUUUCAUUUAUUCACAGUCCAGGUUCUUUUGGCGGUAAGAUGCAGUGCAAGGUGUUUGUGGUUGUCAAUGCAAGUGUAUGCAAGCUGGUGUUCAUGGUUCAAAGGUUGUGUCCCACUCACCUACAGACUGGUAAAACCUUUUUACACCGCGUGCUGUGACUUGCACUGACUGUAGUAAUGCAAUACAAUGCAAAUUAAUGCUUUCUUAAAAAAAAACCCACAAAUAUGUUUGUAAAUAUGUUUGCUGUUAA